GGGGCCGCCGCCGGGUGAUGCGGUGAGGGCUGCGGCAGGCCCAGAAGCUGAGCGGGCCUCGGCCCUCAGCCCGUCGGACGUGCGUGUCGGAACUGCGGCUCUUCUCCCUCCGACUCGCCACCUCUAAGGCGGUCGCAGGCCCCCUCGUCCCUUCCCCAUCCCUCCCCCGCCCCCGUCCCCGCCCCGGGGAGGCCGCCGCCGCCUUCCUUCCCACCAUGGCUCUGAAGAGAAUCCAUAAGGAAUUGAAUGACCUGGCACGGGAUCCCCCAGCACAGUGUUCAGCAGGUCCUGUUGGAGAUGAUAUGUUUCAUUGGCAAGCUACAAUAAUGGGGCCAAAUGACAGUCCCUACCAGGGUGGAGUAUUUUUCUUGACAAUUCAUUUCCCAACAGAUUACCCCUUCAAACCACCUAAGGUUGCAUUUACAACAAGAAUUUAUCAUCCAAAUAUUAACAGUAAUGGCAGCAUUUGUCUUGAUAUUCUACGAUCACAGUGGUCUCCAGCACUAACUAUUUCAAAAGUACUUUUGUCCAUCUGUUCUCUGUUGUGUGAUCCCAAUCCAGAUGAUCCUUUAGUGCCUGAGAUUGCUCGGAUCUACAAAACAGAUAGAGAAAAGUACAACAGAAUAGCUCGGGAAUGGACUCAGAAGUAUGCGAUGUAAUUAAAGAAAUUAUUGGAUAACCUCUACAAAUAAAGAUAGGGGAACUCUGAAAGACAAA